ACCAGAGCCGGCACUUAGCCCUGGUUCCACCUAGUCUCAGCUAAUUCAGUUUGAAAAGCGAAAUAACCACGUCGUGAAGAGACACAACGCCAAAGCCAUAAUGGCAGCUCCUCGGACGGCCUCAAGCCUGUGCUCGCUUAGAACGCUAAUGAGAGCGAGCUCCCCUCUAAGCGGGACGCACUCAUUACGAGCACAGAUCCAGACAAGACGCUAUUCCAAAGAGCAACCAUCACCACCGCCGCCUUCAAGGUCGCCAUCUGGCAAUUUCUACAAGACCUUCACGCGGCCUGUAGCCAAGGGCCUGCUGCUGGCCAUGUUCGUCUACCAGCUGGCGUACUGGGGGUGGGUGAAGCUGGAGCAGGACGAGAUCACCGGCGAGCGCAAGGAAAUAGCUUUGCUCGAAGACCAAGUGAGGAGCCUGCAAGAGGCCAAGGCCAGGAGGGCGUGAAGGACUUUAUAUUUCCCGUCUAUCUCUACGUAACUCACGAGAGAGAGAGCCACUCUCUAUGUUAGCAGUAGGCCAAGGGCCCCAGCAACAUACAUACCGCCUGGCACCAGGCACCAAGCAACAAGAUCGGAGCCGGCUUAAAGGCGGUUCCAACUUUAUGUAUCACUUACACUUACUUGUAACCCAAAAGGGAAAAAACAAUGAAGGACAGGAAAGGAAAGGAACGAAAAGCUUGUACAUGAGAUUUAUACCCAACCCCCUAUGAGAACCCGUCACCCCACUGCCGUACGCACACAAGGUACAUACAUACAUACCAGAGUGCCUACCGCCAAACCAUCAUACUCCAGAAGAAUAAGCAUGGAAGAAAAUAUCAA